CCUCCCCUAUCCCCUCCACCUUCUUCCUCCCAUGCCCCAGCCCCCGAUCCACCAACCCACCGUCGCGUCCCCAGGCUGGCGACCUCUCACCGCCACGCCACCUCCCUCCCCUACACCUUCGCGCCACCUCCACCCCCCUGCGCCACCGCACCACCUCGAACCACCUACCCUCCACGCCGACCUGCCCCCGCGCAGGCCAGCCACCGGAUCCGCCCAUCGCAGUCCUCCCACGCGUGGUCGGCGUCGAAUCCGCGCGUCGCCGUCCCUGCCAACCACUUGGCCGAGAGCAGCUGGAUCCGCCCUGUCGUUAUCCUCCCGCGGCUGCUCGACGACGGAUCCACGCCAAGACAUCCUGGGGGCGUCCUCUCCGUCCCCAUAUGAAGGGUAACUUGGCUUCGCAGAUCGGAUGGUCAGCCGGUGAGCUCGACGGUCGCCGGUGACUCUCCCCUCCCAGUUCCUCCACCUCCUGCCUACCACCAUAGAGCGCAUCCAGAGGGGCGUGGGGGUGUCCGACGGCCUUCCCUUCCUUGCCAUGUCAAACCCCGACCUCCACUCUCGGCGCGAGGAGUGCAAAAUCACCCCGGCGAGGUCCACGACGCGUCCAUCCCGGUGGCUCGCGUGCAAGGUCUCGGGCACCAUGGCUUGUUCAGACGUGGGCGCCAUGGUCUCCUGCUACAGACGUGGGAGCCAUGGUCUCCUGCUACAGACAUGGCGUGCAAGGUCUCGGGCGCCAUGGUCUCCUGCUACAGACGUUCGCUACCCCGACGGUGGCAGUUGGCUGUGACGCCUGCUGCAGUCCAUACCCAGCGUGGUGGUUCGUUCCCCAGCGGCGACCUUCUGCCCUCCUCCCGAUCGUGCUUGGGAUCCCACGCGGUGAAGAUUCUAGGUUGGCCUUGCAGUUCACUGGCAAGAAUCUGCCUCUCCCCUGCAUAGAUGUAGUUGGCCAGAAGGGCUCUGUAGACCGGCGGUUCAGCUCGCGAAUGCUUUCAGUUUGCCGACACCCACAUGGUCGUGCAGCUCGCUGGCACACGCAGUCCUCCCCCCAGCGGCAUGCAGUACGACACUCUCACUGGUCCAGCCCACUGGCUGCACCUACGCGCGACGACGAUGAAGAGCGUGGCGUGCAGCUCGUCGCGGCUCGGCUUGCAGCUCGGCUUGUCGCGGCAUGCAGUCCGCUUGGUAUGUUGGAGAGGUUCAUUUUUCAUGAAAAAAAGGUUGAUGCAGACCACUUUGAGGAGUACUGUGGUCCACUUCAGUCAAAUGCAUUUAUUUUUUGUAAAAGUAUAUGCAGUCCGUUUGGGAACUGCUUGCGGUUUGCACGGCUGGUGUGUGAAGUGUGCGAUGUGCUCGUGUGUUUCAAAACUCGGUCGAUACUAUGAAGUGCACGAUGUGCUUGUGUGUUUCAAAA